AUGGCGGUGGUUGUAGAAGAAAUAUUAGCUAAACUUUUACAACCGAAUAACGAAGUAAUCCAAGAGGCAACAAAACAAUUAAAAGAAGCAUUUAAAGAUCCUGGCAUUUUAUCAGCGCUAUGUCACAUUUUAGGCUCCUCAACAAAUUCUCAGAUUCGCCAGUACUCUGCUGUUUUAAUUCGGAGGAAAAUACAGAAGUCAAGACAUUGGAAUGCCUUACCAAAUGAAACAAAGGAAAGUAUACGUAGAAAUAUUUUACAACUUCUAGUACAGGAGCCAGACAAGAAUGUUAAGACUGCCAUAGGAACUAUAAUUGGUACAAUUGCUAGACAUGAUUUACCUACAAAUAAAUGGCCUGCAUUAUUUGAAUUUGUUACUGUCCAAGUUAAGAGUGAAGAUGUUACAAAGAGAGAGGUUGGAAUGUUUAUAUUAUAUACAUUAUCAUCUGAUGCUGGCGAACAGCUUAAACCUCAUUUGGUAUCUGUCAUGCAAAUUUUAGUGGAGGCAAUCAAAGACAAUCAAAGCAAAAUGGUUCCUUAUUAUGCCAUUAGAACUAUGAGUGAACUGGUGUUUUUAGUUGGAAUGGAGGAGAGUCUGCAAUUUGUAAAGAAAUAUAUCCAGCAGAAUAUACCACAGAUAUUAUUAGUUAUACAAGAAUUGAUUAAAGUUGAUGAGGAAGAAGCAUGUGAAUGUAUGGAAUUAUUUGAUGAAUUGUUGGAAUCUGAAGUGGGUGUCUUAGUACCACAUGUUAAAACUGUAGUGGACUUCUGUUUACAGAUAGCUGCUCAACCUACAUUAGGAGAUGCUAUCAGAGUUAAAGCUAUGUCAUUUAUUGCUUCACUUACAAGAUUGAAGAAAAAUUCAAUAUUAAAACAUAAAUUAGUUGAUCCUAUAUUAGAAGUCUUGUUUCCAAUAUUAUGUGCUAAUGAAGAAGAAGAUGAUGAGGAAGAUGUUGAAGAAAUUGAAUCUCAUACCCCAGUACAGUAUAUACCACAAGUUUUUGAUACCAUGUCUCUCCACUUACCACCCAAGAAGUUUAUCCCUAAUUUGAUGCCCUUAAUAGAGAAAGCUUUAGCUAGUGAAAAUCCAUACCAUAGAAAAGCUGGUUAUAUAUCUAUGGCUGUGAUUGUAGAAGGUUGUGCUGAUUACAUUAUGAAUAAACAUCUGAAAGCUGUAUUACACUGUGUUUGUAAAGGUUUGAAUGAUCCAGAUAACAAUGUUAGAAAUUCAGCUCUCUUUGCUCUUGGACAGUUCUCGGAGCAUCUACAGCCUGAUAUUACUAAAUAUGCAUCAGAAUUAUUACCAUUAUUAUUUCAAUAUUUGGGUCAAGCUAGUCAGAAUCCUGAAAGUAAUCCUCGAGGUCUUACUAAGGUUUAUUAUGCCCUUGAAGUUUUCUGUGAAAAUCUAGAAAAGAAGAUACUACCAUAUCUCCCUCCAUUAAUGGAACAUUUACUAGCUGUAUUGAAAUGUGAUCACAUCAGAUCUAAAGAGUUGGCCAUCAGUGCAAUUGGGGCAACUGCUACUGCUGCUAAAGAAGAAAUGAAACCUUACUUUAAUGAGAUAAUUGAACAGUUAAAAAGCUAUCUUGUUACUGGUAAUACAGAAGAUAUGAAGAAAUUACAGUUACAAACUAUAGACACCCUGGGAAUAUUGGCUAGAAAUUGUGGACCUGAUAUAUUUUUACCUUUAUCUAAAGAAUGUUUACAACUUGGUAUGAAUUUGUUGGAGUCUGCUGAAGAUCCUGAUUUAAAACGAUGUGUAUAUAGUUUAUUUGCUGCAAUAUCUAAUUUAUUAAAAUCUGAUAUGGGAGAUUAUCUAGAGAAAAUGGUCCAUGCAAUGUUAUGUUCUAUCAAAUCUAAAGAAGGAGAAACAUUACAUUAUAAAGAAGAAAGUGAUGCUAUUGGAGUAUUUAAUGAAGAUGAUUUAAUUGAUGAAGAAGAUAUAGGAGAUGAAGAUUCUGAAGAGGAUGAUGAUGAACAUAAAAUUGAAGGAGUUAGUGUAGAAAAUGCGUAUUUAGAUGAAAAAGAAGAUGCUUGUUGCUCUUUGGGAGAAAUUGCUAUAAAUGUUGGGGCACCAUUUAUACCAUACUUAGAACCAUGUUAUACAGAAGUACUUGUUUUGUUAGAAUAUCCAGCAGAAAACAUUAAAAAAGUUUCUAUAGCAACCUUAUCUCAAUUCUGUUGUUGUGUUCAUAAAGUCUGUCUUGAUAGUGGCAUGGAUCAAACAGCAUUAAAGAAUAUGUUAAAUACUAUUAUACCAAUGUAUCUGGAGAUCAUUAAAACAGAUAAAGAAAGAACUGUUGUCAUGUCUGCUGUAGAUUCAUUAGCUGAAAUAUUGACUAAAAUAGGACGACCUGCAUUAGAAAUAACUGGUGCUACCAAUCCUAUCUUGUCAGCAAUGAAGGCAAUAUUUACGCAUAAGGUUGCUUGUCAAGAUGAUGAAGAUGAAGAUGAUGAUCAACAAGCAGAGUUUGAUGCCAUGUUGAUAGAAUCUGCUGGUGAUGUAUUGCCCACAAUGGCUAAACUUGUUGGUGGACCUGAUUUCUUACCUUUCUUUCAAAGUUUCCUUACAGAUUUACUUAAACGUCUGAAAGUGACAAGUUCUGUUCCAGAGAAGUCGUUUGCUGUAGGAACAUUAGCAGAAGUUAUACAGGCAUGUGGUGAUGUGUCUGCAGCAUUUGUUGAUACAUUAUAUCCAUUGUUUAUGAGAUUAAUUAAUGAUGAAGAUGAAGAAGUAAGAAGUAACGCUGUAUUUGCUAUUGGUGUCUUAGCUCAAUACGGUGGACAGAAACUACAUGGAAAUUUUCCUGUGAUAUUAAAAUCUCUAUUUGAUAUUGUGAGUAAGGAGGAAGAAGAAAAUCCACGUGUGUUAGAUAAUGUCUGUGCUGCCAUCUGUAGAUUAAUUAUGACCAAUAGUAGUGCUAUUCCAUUUGAUAAGGUUAUUCCUGCUAUAGUUAGUUUUCUACCAUUAAAAGAAGAUUAUGAAGAAAAUCAUACAGUAUAUCAUUGUUUAAUCGAGUUAUUUAUUGCUGGCAAUCCCCAUGUAUUACAAUGUACUCCACAAUUAUUAAGUUCUAUAGCUUCUGUUAUUGAUACAGAUCAAGUUAAACCCGAAACUCAAAUUAUAUUGGUCCAGUUUGCAAAACAUAUUAAUGACAAGUUCCCUGAUGAGUUCCAGAAAGUUAAAGCAACACUACCAAAUGAUUUGGGUGGUAAAUUAGAUUCAUGUUUAUUGAUGGUAAAUGGUGGAGGACACUAA